UGACAAAUAAACAAACCUAAGGCCGAAAUCACCAUGAAAGUUAAAUCAAAAGCAGCCAAAAAGGUAAAAGAUAAGACAUAGUGGAUCAAGCAGCAGCAUCAUCAUCCAUGUGCCAUGAAUUAUUCAUGAUGAAUAUAAUAUAAUAAUUUCAAACCUCCAAUAACCAUUCACAUCACUUUCAUCUCCAACCAAUUUCUUCUUCUUCUUCUCAUCGAACCAAAUUUCUUCUACAUCUCUAUUUUCAUUCAUUCCAGAAACACAAAACCAUUUCAACAAUGGAACAGAUGAAGACUGAUCAGAGUGCGCAACAGAUCGGCGUAAAGAGGCCGAAAACGAAGAUCGUUUGCACCCUGGGACCGGCUUCCAGAUCUGUUCUCAUGGUGGAGAAGUUGUUGAAAGCGGGAAUGAACGUUGCUAGGUUCAACUUCUCGCAUGGGUCUUACGAGUAUCAUCAGGAAACACUUGAUAAUCUUCGGACCGCUAUGGAUAACACUGGUAUUCUUUGUGCGGUUAUGCUUGAUACAAAGGGUCCAGAGAUCAGAACCGGUUUUCUAAAAGAUGGCAAGCCCAUCCAACUAAAACAAGGCCAAGAAAUCACCAUCUCAACCGAUUAUGACAUCAAAGGCGAUGAAACCAUGAUCUGCAUGAGCUACAAAAAGUUAGCCUACGACGUAAAGCCAGGGAGCGUCAUACUAUGCGCAGAUGGCACUAUUUCAUUUACUGUUCUUGCUUGUGACACCGAAAAUGGUUUGGUCCGUUGUCGCUGUGAGAACACUGCGGUUCUUGGUGAGCGAAAGAAUGUUAAUCUUCCUGGAGUGAUCGUCGACUUACCAACUUUGACUGAGAAAGACAAAGAGGAUAUACUCACAUGGGGAGUUCCGAACAAGAUUGAUAUGAUUGCGCUGUCGUUUGUUCGCAAAGGCUCGGAUUUGAUCGAGGUUCGAAAGCUGUUGGGUAAGCAUGCUAAUAGCAUUCUUCUUAUGUCAAAGGUUGAGAAUCAAGAAGGGGUAGCAAACUUUGACGAAAUCCUAGCCAACUCCGACGCGUUCAUGGUGGCGCGUGGAGAUCUCGGAAUGGAGAUUCCGAUCGAGAAGAUAUUCUUAGCCCAAAAGGUCAUGAUCUACAAAUGCAACAUACAAGGAAAGCCGGUGGUAACCGCCACUCAAAUGCUCGAGUCGAUGAUCAAAUCUCCAAGACCAACUCGAGCCGAAGCUACAGAUGUGGCCAACGCAGUUCUAGAUGGUACAGACUGUGUCAUGCUUAGCGGUGAAACCGCCGCUGGAGCCUACCCAGAGCUAGCGGUCCUAACCAUGGCUAGGAUUUGUGUUGAAGCUGAGAACACGAUCGAUUACCCGGAUGUUUUCAAAAGAAUUGCGGCAAACGCACCCAUACCCAUGAGCCCACUCGAGAGCUUAGCCUCUGCUGCGGUCCGAACCGCCAACUCAUCUAGAGCAAGCCUCAUUCUGGUUCUGACCAGAGGCGGAAGCACAGCCAAGCUGGUGGCUAAGUACAGACCGGGAAUGCCUGUAUUAUCUGUAGUGGUUCCCGAAAUCCAAACCGAUUCUUUCGAUUGGUCAUGCAGUGACGAAACGCCAGCUAGGCAUAGUCUUAUUUUCAGAGGUUUGGUCCCAGUUCUAUCUGCAGGGUCCACUAGAGCUUCCUAUGCUGAGUCAACCGAAGAGGUUUUGGACUUUGCAUUGCAACAUGCGAAACUUAAGGGACUCUGCAAGGAAGGCGAUGCUGUUGUGGCUUUACAUCGUGUAGGAAUCGCUUCUGUUAUUAAGAUAAUUAACGUCAAGUAAAAACACGAGUGAUCUCGUGUUUGUUUCCUGUAACGCCCGUUUGUUGGCAUGUAUGAAUAUCAGUAGACUACUGUCGAUGGUUCCGGCCAUUGAUAAAAACUGAAUUGCCCAUGUUUAUAUGGGAAGUUUAUUAUAUAUUCUGGCAUAUAAAAAUACAGUCCAAGAUUUGGCCGACUGUUUCGAUCCAA